CCGGGGAGGCUCGGCCGGGCUCCUCCCCUUCGCCUCUCCCGGUGCAGCCGCUCGUUUCGCAGGAUGGCCGCGGGGAGGGGCUGCUGGGGCAGCCUCAGCACCCCCCAGAAAGCCGCCGUGGUCCUGGGCAUCCCGGCGGGAGCCACCGUCCUCUACAUCCUGUACCGCAGGUACCGGGAGAGCCAAGAGGAGAAGCUGACCUUCGUGGGUGAGGAGGAGCUGGAGGUGACAAUGAGGGUGCCUCAGGGGGUUGUGAAAUCCAUCAUCGGGCGGAAAGGAGCCACCAUCAGAAGGCUGAGGCAGGAGACCAGGGCCUGCAUCGAGGUGGAGACAGAGGAGGAGGGCGAGGACACGGUGCUGCUCAUCUCGGGCUCCCCCAGCCAAGUGUGCCGUGCCAAAGCCGCCAUCCACCACAUCGUGAGCGAGAGCUCCCCGGUGUCGGAGCAGCUCUGCGUCCCCCGGAGAGCCGUGGGCAGGAUCAUCGGCCGUGGCGGGGAGACGGUGCGGGGCAUCUGCCGCAGCUCCGGGGCCAAGGUGCUGUGUGAGGCCGACACCAGCCUGGCCCCGGUGAGGCUCGUCCGGCUCUCGGGGACGCGGCAGGAGGUGGCGGCCGCCAAGAAGCUGAUCAUGGAGAAGCUGCAGGAGGAGGACACGUUCAGGCAGGAGCUGGCCCAGGCUACAGCAACACGCUGCCGGCGCCGGGCGCCCCUGUGCAGCCGCGGGGAGCCAGAGCUGCUGCUCCACGAGGCACCGCAGCGCAAGGAGGAGGAGGAGCAGGAGGAGGAAGGCUUUUCCUGCACUGAGGAGGGCUCAUCUUGGGCUGAAAGCCCCGUCCUGGGCCGGGCUCCCUCUGAGGAGCUGGAGGCUGAGAGCCAAGAGCCAGAGGAGCCAGUGUCAGGGCAGAAUGCAGCCGUGCCCAAGUUUGAAGUCCCCAGCCCUGAUUUCAGCUUCCACGCCGAUGAGCACCUGGAAGUUUACGUCUCGGCCACGGAGAACCCCGACCACUUCUGGAUCCAGCUCGUGGGGCAGCGCAGCCUCCAGCUGGACAAGCUGACGGCAGAGAUGCGCCUCUACUACGGCAGCAGCGGCCAGGCCGCCCAGCUCCCCAGCGUCCAGCCCGGGGACAUCGUGGCCGCCCCGUACGCGGGGGACACGGACUGGUACCGAGCCCGUGUCCUGGGCACGCUGGACAAUGGCCACCUCGAUCUGUACUACGUGGAUUUUGGGGACAAUGGGGAGGCUCCUCUCGAGGCACUGCGGGCCCUGCGGAGUGACUUCCUGAGCCUGCCCUUCCAGGCCAUCGAGUGCAGCCUGGCUGGUGUCACACCCAUAGGCUCCCAGUGGGAUGAGGCAGCCCUGGACGAGUUUGACCGUCUGACCCACUGUGCCUCCUGGCAACCCCUCCUGGCCAAGGUCACCAGCUACGUCCCGGCUGGGCUCAGCACACGGCCCAACGUCCAGCUCUACACCCCCCACCACGGCAAGCUCCUGGACGUGGGCGCUGAGCUGGUGCGUUUGGGCUUCGCUGUGGCCUGUCCCCAGGAGGAAGAGGAGCAGGGCCCAGGGGAGCCCACGCUGGCACCGGCGGCCAUGGCAGGGACCGGGGAGCCCGCUCCCUGCCCCUCCCUCGACAGCCUCAUCUCCGCUGGGACGUCCCCGAGCCCCCCUGCCCUCAGCCCCUGGGACGGGGCCUCGGGCAGCGGCGACGGCGGCGGUGUGACGGCGAGCGGCUCCCAGUGAGGCUGGUGCCAGCACCUGUGUCCCGGCAGAGCAGGAUGAGACCCCCUGGGCCCUUUGCACCCUCGUUUGACGUUGAAAUGGUUUU